UGGAAGGAGCGCCGGCCGAGCGCAGGAGCCGGGACUUGAACGCGAGAGGAGGCCCCGGAGCCGCACGCGAUGGAGGAGGUGGGGGCACAUCAGACGGGAGUCUACACCUCCUCGGCUUCGGAAGGAGUCCAGGUUUACCAGGGGGUCCCCGGGGCGGAGGAAGGCCGCCACUGGACGGACGACGAGGUGCGAGCGCUGCUGUGCGUCUGGGCCGACCGGCGCGUCCGAGAGAGCCUCAAGAGCACGCUGCACAACAAGUACAUCUUCCAGGAGAUCUCCGGCCAGAUGCAGCGCACCUUCGGCGUGGUGCGCAACUGGAAACAGUGUCGCACCAAAUACAAGAACCUCAAGUACGACUACAAGAUGGCAAAGAGCACCCACGCGGCCCGCGGCGGCCGCAGCAGCCCCGGGAAGUACAUGAAGUUUUUCCACGAGGUGGAGGCCAUUUUGCUGGACCGUGGCCUGGAGGAAGGAUCUCUGGGGAUGAAGAGGAGGUUGUACGACGGGGGGCAAGCGCCAACCGCUUCAGAAAGCGAAGUCGUCAUCGAGAUUGACAACUACGACAACAGCGACCACUACGACGCGAACGGCAACGUGGAUUCAAAAUUGACAGCGGCGGAUCAGCCCGCCGCGGACCAGCUCCAAGUGGUCACCGUGUCGGACACGGGUCGGAACUGGAGCGACCAGGAGGUGCGAGCGCUGAUCCAGGUGUGGUCCGACGAGCGGGUGCGGCGCCAGCUGGAGAGUUCCACCAGAAAGCGAGACGUCUUCACGCAGAUCUCCAACCGGCUGAUGCAGCAGGGCAUCGAACGCGACUGGAAGCAGUGCCACACCAAGUACAAGAACCUCAAGUACCUCUACCGCUCGCUCCAGAAGGGCAAGACGGACGACGCCGACCCGAAGCGCCUCAUGCGAUAUUACGGCGAGGUCGACGCCAUUAUGAACCGCCGGGCGAGAGGCUCGCACACGCUCCACCGCCUCGACUUGCGCCGGAUUGCGAUGCCGGAGGGCGAGGCCCACUCCGCGUCGGAGGCGGACGAAAGGUCGUGCCGCCCGGAGUCGAUACGGCUCGUCGCGACGCCGCAAGAACGACAAGCGACGGAAGCAGGAAGCAGUCACCACUUGCGCCCGUGGCAACCACAGGACACUUCAUUAGGACCCCGCGAAAGCAGCCCGACGCACGGCGACGCUUUCUCGACUGGCCGGGGGAGGAAGAGGAAGGCGGACGACGAAGACACGGUCCCGGCGCCGGUGAAAAAAACUGCAGAAAACGUGAACAUUAAAGAAGAGCAGACUCACGUUCCGAUCAUAGAAGUCCACUCGGUGUGCUCGAUGGCCGACCGAGACGCGCACGCACAGACGCAGUUCUGCGGCGUGUCGAAGAGAAACAUGGCCACCACGCAAGAGUUGAGCAUUGGCAAGAAGCUGAACGAGGGAAAGACCAAGCAGAUUUUCGAGAUCGUGGAUCAACCCGGUCUGGUUCUGGUGCAGUCCAAAGACCAGAUCACCGCCGGGAACGCAGUGAGGAAAGAUCAGAUGGAGGGCAAAGCGGCCAUUGCCAAUAAAACCACCAGCUGCGUGUUCGAACUGUUGCAGGAAUCUGGCAUCAAGACGGCCUUUGUGCGGCAGCACUCGGACACGGCGUUCGUGGCGGCGCACUGCGAGAUGAUUCCCAUCGAGUGGGUCUGCCGCAGGGUGGCCACCGGCUCCUUCCUCAAGAGGAACCCGGGCGUGAAAGAGGGCUACCGCUUCUCCCCGCUUAAGAUGGAGAUGUUCUUCAAAGACGACGCCAACAACGACCCGCAGUGGUCCGAGGAGCAGCUGCUGGAGGCCGGGUUCCGCCCGGGGGGCCUCGCCAUCGGCCGCUGCGAGGUGGACAUCAUGAGCCGCAGCACCGUGGCCAUCUUCGAGAUCCUGGAGAAGGCCUGGGCCACGCAGAACUGCACGCUGGUCGACAUGAAGAUCGAGUUUGGCGUCAACGUGAAGACGCAGGAGAUUGUCCUGGCUGACGUGAUCGACAACGACUCGUGGCGGCUGUGGCCCGCCGGAGAUAGGAGCCAGCAGAAAGAUAAGCAGGUUUACCGUGACCUCAAAGAGGUCACCCCGGAGGCCAUGCAGAUGGUGAAGAGAAACUUUGAGUGGGUCUCCGAAAGGGUCAAGCUGCUGCUGGAACCCAAGGCCAGCGGCAGGGUGGUGGUCCUCAUGGGCUCCACCUCGGACAUGGCCCACUGCGAGAAGAUCAAGAAGGCCUGCGCCUCCUACGGGGUCCCCUGCGUGCUGCGCGUCACCUCGGCGCACAAAGGCCCCGACGAGACGCUGCGCAUUAAAGCGGAAUACGAAGGAGACGGCGUCCCCACGGUGUUCGUGGCGGUGGCCGGCCGGAGCAACGGCCUGGGCCCCGUGAUGUCGGGUAACACGGCUUACCCCGUCGUCAACUGCCCGCCCGUCUCGCCCGACUGGGGCUCCCAGGACGUCUGGUCCUCCCUCCGUCUGCCGAGCGGCCUGGGCUGCUCCACCGUCCUCUCCCCCGACGCGGCCGCCCAGUUCGCGGCUCAGAUCUUCGGGCUGAGCGAUCACCUGGUGUGGUCCAAGCUGAGGGCCUCCAUGCUCAACACGUGGGUGGCCCUCAAGGUGGCCGACAAGAAGCUCCAGGCCUGCAGCCUCUGAGGCAAAAAUCGGCACCGAGCCUCCUCUGGCAGGCCCGUUCAUCUCUUCUGAGUGCAAAAAAAAAACCCAAAACAAAGUCAACAUUAAUCUGUGCUUCAACAUUUCCGUUGAAAACAAUUUGAUAACUUUGUCAUCUAAUGUCAUUGAUCUUUUAUCACAGACGUGCAAUAAAAUGAAAACAUUCCAUACA